GAUGUUUUUCUGGAACUCUCUUGCUUUUUCCAUGAUCCAAAACUGCCUAAUCCUCAAACUGAAAGAAACCUUUUCUAGGCGGCGUUAGCUAGGUAGCGCCAUUUGUGACCUGCAGGUGGCGCCAAUGCCCCACUUCAUCGUUGGUGCUUUGGGAACUACAUUACCCAGGAGCCUCGGCAGCUCUGGGCCAAUGAGGCCCCACGAAAGGGGAGUUUCCGUUCAUAGGGACGAUGCCUGGGUGGGACUUCCUGUUCCCGUUUUGGGCGGACAUAGUGUUUGCUUUCGGAUUCGUCCACCAGAUCCGUAUCCAGGAGGCUACGUCACACAAGGGGUGACGCGAUGGGGAAAACGUGAGAGGCGUUGUUGCCCUAAACAGAGGCGGACCUGAGGAUUGGUAGUGGCGCUGCUCGGGUGACCCGGCCGCCGGAGCCCAGGACCUAGCACCUGUCGCUCUGCAGCCUCUCGCCUUCCCCAGUUCGCAGGUGCCGAUGGCGGCCGCGGUGCUGACGGACCCGGCGCAGGGGAAUGUGACCUUUGAGGACGUGUUCGUGUCCUUCUCCCAGGAGGAGUGGGGGCUCCUUGAUGAGGCUCAGAGGCUCCUGUACCGCGAAGUGAUGCUGGAGAACUUUGCACUGAUGGCCUCACUGGGAUAUGCAUCUUCCAUGUCCCAUGGGGUUUCCCCACAGGAGCUGGGCAGGGAGCCCUGGGCCUCUGACUGGGCCGACACAAUUCCAGCCCUGACCAGAGAGACUCAGAGUGCAGGUAGCCCUGGUUGUUGGCAUGGAAUGGAGGACGAUGAGAUCCGUUUUGAGCAGAGCAUUUCUGUAAAAAGAGUGUCUAAGGGCAUGAUUCCUAAGACGAUUCCAUCUUCCCAGAAGGCCCACCCCUGUGAGACAUGUGGCCCGAUCUUGAGAGAUGUUCUGCACAUGGCUGAGCACCAGGAAACACGUCCUGGGCAGAAACCAUACUUGUGUGUAGCAUGUGGGAAACAGCUGUGGUUCAGUGCAAACUUCCCCCUCCACAAUCAGCACAGUGGAGAGAAACCCCACAGGAGGGACGUGCACAGGGCCCUUCUUGUGAGCAGCUGCCCUGUCCAGUCAUCGGAGACACCUUUUACCACCGGGGAGGGUUGUGAGGAUUUCCCAACCAGCUCAAGCAUGUUUCAGCAGCAUUACCCUCUUAGCAAGUGGAAGCCACAAAGUGACACCCACUGUGCAGAGGUCUUUCACAGUGGACAAAAGCAUUAUGAGUGCAGCGAAUGUGGGAAGGCCUUCAGCCGCAAAGACUCACUUGUUCAGCACCAGAGAGUCCACACUGGAGAGAGGCCUUACAAGUGCAGCGAAUGUGGGAAAACCUUUAGCCGCAAACCCAUACUUGCACAGCACCAGAGGAUCCACACUGGAGAGAUGCCUUAUGAGUGUGGCAUAUGUGGGAAAGUUUUUAAUCAUAGCUCUAAUCUCAUUGUACACCAGAGAGUCCACACUGGAGCACGGCCUUACAAGUGCGGCGAAUGUGGGAAAGCCUACAGUCACAAAUCCACGCUUGUUCAGCACGAGAGUAUCCACACCGGAGAAAGGCCUUAUGAGUGCAGUGAAUGUGGGAAAUACUUCGGCCACAAAUACAGACUCAUUAAGCACUGGAGUGUUCAUACUGGGGCACGGCCUUAUGAGUGCAUUGCAUGUGGGAAGUUUUUCAGCCAAAGCUCCGAUCUUAUUGCCCACCAGAGAGUUCACAAUGGUGAGAAGCCGUAUGUGUGCAGUGAGUGUGGAAAAGCCUUUAGCCACAAACAUGUGCUUAUGCAGCACCUUCGAAUCCAUACUGGAGAAAGGCCGUAUAAAUGCAGUGAGUGUGGGAAAGCCUUCAGGCAAAGGGCUUCCCUCAUCAGACAUUGGAAGGUUCAUGCUGGAGAAAGGCCUUAGGAGAGCAGGCAAUACUCUGUCUUAUUCAACAUAGUGAGUGACACCAGAGAGAGGCUCUGAGAGGAGCCUUCGUGAGUAGCUAUAAGCUAGAAGAUGAGCCUCGUGUUUGAACUCCCACCCUGAGGAGAUUGUUCUGUGUGCCAGCUCUGUGGGAAGCGUUCUGGGGCAGUAUUGUACUUCAUAACAUGCCUUGGCCAGUGUGAAAGAUCUCUGCAUGCUUGCCAAAAGCGUGUCACUGCCAGUGUCUGAAAGAAGCCAUACACCUGUGCAACAGCAGGGCCCCACAUUGUGCAUAUGUCACCCCAGAUGCUUUGGUGGGCAAGAUCUCUGCUCUUCCUGUCUUCCCUAGAGGGCACCAUCGGUAGCCUGACCCUAUUGAUGAUCCUCACUCCUUCCUGCUCCCUACUGGUGGAAGCAUGGGUGUGAUCCAUUUUCGGUCAGAAGAAUGCAAGCUUAGUUCUGCUGGUUGCCUGCAGAGAUGUCCAUGUUUCAGACUGUGUUGGUCUCUUGUGACCCUCGUGAUGAGUUUGAUCAGCCCCCAAGUCACCUGACCUGGAAAUUGUCUGCCUCAUAUUGUUCUGGUUUUGCAACUCAUGCCUUAGUUUCUAAGCUAUCUUUUCUCCUGGGAAUUUUGUUCACUCUGUGGGUUGAGUUGAGAACAGAAUUGGGCUUGCCAGCCUAAAAGAAUGAACAGCUUGUGUGAGAGCGCCGACUGUUGAGUCUCAGUGGUAUUUGCAGAAUGAUAAAGAAAGAACAGCUCUUAUUCUACUUUCAGCCUAAUUUACAUCACUGCUCAAGACCUCCUGGGAAGGAAUACCAGGCUUUGCAGGCCUAACUGUGUGUCCUGUAUGUCGAGAUGAUUUGUGUGACAAAGGUCUUCUUGAGCAGGUUGUCAACCUCUGGUGUAUGUGGGAACAGCAUGAAUUGGGUCCCUUGUUCCUAGGUAAUGUUUCAGAAUUUGAUUCCCUGGGACCUGCCUGCAUCCCUGACAUUAUUUACUAGGGUAAUAUUUGGUAGGCAGAUGUCACUGUCACCUACAAGGACAAGUUCAGUUCAGUUCAGCUGCUCAGUCGUGUCUGACUCUGCGACCCCAUGAAUUGCAGCACGCCAGGCCUCCCUGUCCAUCACCAACUCCCAGAGUUAACUCAGACUCACGUCCAUCGAGUCA